AGUUGCGCCAUGGUUUCGAUACCGAUUCCCAAUCUGUGGAUUGCAUUUUGCCUUUAUGUAUGUCGUCAGGCGAGCAUGGGGAUAGCACAGAACAUGAAAGAAGUAAUCCUUUUGGAUUCUAAAGCCCAACAGACAGACCUGGAGUGGAUUUCAUCUCCUCCAAGUGGGUGGGAGGAGAUCAGUGGUUUGGAUGAAAACUACACCCCGAUCCGGACAUACCAGGUUUGCCAAGUUAUGGAGCCCAAUCAAAACAACUGGCUGCGGACUAGCUGGAUUGCAAAGGGAGCCGCCCAAAGGAUAUUUGUGGAAUUGAAAUUCACCUUAAGGGAUUGCAACAGCCUACCUGGUGUUGUGGGGACAUGCAAGGAGACUUUCAACCUGUAUUACCGGGAAACAGAGUCUGAGGUGGGCAGGGAAAUAGGUGAGACCCAGUACGUGAAGAUUGACACUAUUGCUGCUGACGAGAGCUUCACCCAGGGAGACUUGGGAGAAAGGAAAAUGAAGCUGAACACAGAGCUGCGUGUUAUUGGCCCCAUGUCCCGGCGAGGAUUUUACCUGGCCUUUCAGGAUGUUGGUGCCUGCAUAGCCCUAGUGUCUGUCAAGGUGUAUUACAAGAAGUGCUGGUCAAUAAUUGAGAAUUUGGCUAUUUUUCCCGACACCGUCACUGGAUUGGAUUUCUCUUCCCUGGUGGAGGUGGAAGGGACGUGCGUUAGUGGAGCAGAGGGGGAGGCCAAAACGUCUCCCAAGAUGCACUGCAGCACUGAGGGGGAGUGGCUUGUGCCCAUUGGAAAAUGUGUCUGCAAAGCAGGAUUUCACCAGAAAGGUGACUCGUGUGAGCCCUGUGCCAGGGGGUUCUACAAGUCAUCUUCCCAGGACCUGCAGUGCUCCCGCUGCCCUGCCCAUAGCUCCAAUGACAGGGAAGGCUCCUGGACCUGUGCCUGUGAGGAUGGCUACCACCGGGCCUCCUCUGACCCCCCGUCCAUGGCCUGCACGAGACCUCCCUCUGCACCUCAGGACCUGGUCUACAUGGUCAACCAGUCCAUAGUUAACCUGGCGUGGGGCCCCCCGGCGGACAUGGGAGGCCGGCGCGAUGUCACGUACCGGGUGGUUUGCCGGCAAUGUGGCGGCACCAAGGAGGACUGCUUGCCCUGCGGUGGUGGUAUUAGCUUUGUUCCACAGCAAGCUGGGCUGCUGGACACCAGCGUGACAGUGCUGGACCUCCUGGCCAACACCAACUACACCUUUGAGGUGGAGGCAGUCAACGGCGUUUCCGACCUCAGCCGGACUCAGCGGCUUUUUGCGGCAGUUAGGGUGGCCACCACACAAGCAGCUCCCUCACAGAUUGGCGAGUUGGUCAAGGAGAGGGUGCAGCAACGCAGUGUCCAGCUCUCCUGGCAGGAGCCAGAACACCAAAAUGGUGUCAUCACCGAAUAUGAGAUCAAGUACUAUGAGAAAGAUCAAAAGGAUGGCAUAUUUUCCACUGUGAAAUCAGAAUCAACCUUGGCUACAGUGAACGACCUUAAGCCAAGCACGGCUUAUGUGUUUCAGAUCCGCGCGGUCACGCUGGCGGGUUUGGGCGCAUACGGCCCCAGUCUAGAAGUCACCACACAGGAUGAGGCCACAGCUGCCGCGGUCUCUGGCGAACAGAACCCUGUCAUCAUCAUCGCAGUGGUAGCUGUGGCUGGAACCAUAAUCCUGGUGUUCAUGGUGUUUGGGUUCAUCAUUGGGAGAAGGUAUGUUUUGCGGGAUUCAUGCUUCCUGCUGGCUCUCCCCUUAUUGCACUGUGGGUACAGCAAAGCUGAUCAAGAUGGGGAUGACGAACUCUAUUUCCAAUUCAAAUUUCCAGCCACUAAAACAUACAUUGACCCUGAAACUUAUGAGGAUCCAAACACGGCUGUCAAUCAAUUUGCCAGGGAGCUGGAUGCUUCCUGUAUUAAGAUUGAGCGAGUAAUUGGCACAGGGGAGUUUGGGGAAGUGUGCAGUGGUUGCCUGAAACUUCCAGGGAAGAGAGACACACCUGUGGCGAUCAAGACUUUGAAAGUAGGUCACACGGAGAAGCAGAGACGUGACUUCCUGUCCGAGGCAAGCAUCAUGGGACAGUUUGACCAUCCAAAUGUGCUCCACCUGGAAGGAGUCGUAACCCGGGGUAAACCAGUUAUGGUUGUGAUGGAAUAUAUGGAAAAUGGAGCAUUAGAUUCAUUUCUUAGGAAACAUGACAGUCAGUUUACGGUCAUCCAGUUGGUGGGAAUGCUCCGAGGUGUGGCGGCAGGGAUGAAAUACCUCUCCGACAUGGGCUACGUCCAUGGAGAUUUGGCUGCGUGCAAUGUCCUCGUCAACAGCAACCUUGUGUGCAAAGUGUCUGACUUCAAGCUGUCUAGACCAAUGGACGACGGUCCCGAUGCUGUCUAUGCAACAACAGGAAAGAUUCAAGACAUAAUGAGCCUGAUCUUCACUCAGACGAAUAAUGUCCAUCUCAACGAGCAGGGUGGGAAAUUACCAGUUAGAUGGACGGCACCUGAAGCCAUCCAGCACCGAAAGUUCACAUCUGCCAGUGACGCGUGGAGUUAUGGCAUUGUCAUGUGGGAGGUCAUGUCCUAUGGGGAGAGACCUUACUGGGAUAUGGCCAAUCAAGAUGUGAUUAAGGCAAUAGAGGAAGGUUAUCGUCUCCCUGCACCAAUGGACUGUCCCCCUGGGCUACACCAACUGAUGCUGGACUGUUGGCAAAAAGACAGGGCGGAACGGCCAAAGUUUGAUCAGAUAGUUAAUGUCCUGGAUAAAAUGAUCCGGAAUCCCAAUUCUUUGAAAACUCCAGUAGGGAUAUGCAUGAGGCCGAUUAGCCCCCUUUUAGAUCCAAGCACGCCAGACUUCACCACGUUCCAUUCUGUGGAAGAUUGGUUGGAAGCCAUUAAAAUGGAAAGAUACAAAGAGAACUUCACGGUGGCGGGGUACAGCUCAUUGGACUCUGUGGCAAGGAUGACUGCUGAGGAUGUUAUGAGCUUGGGGAUCACCUUAGUGGGCCAUCAGAGGAAGAUCGUGUGCAGCAUACAGUGCAUGAGGGCACGGAUGAUGCAUCUCCACAACGCCGGCAUCCAGGUCUGACUGUCGACAGAGCCCAGCCUCCUCAGAGAAGAGCAGAAGAACCCACUGGAAAACAGAGGUGCGGCUGCAGAUAAACAUUGAAAUAAAACGAGCGUACAAACAAAUGAAAGAAACAAAUGUGUUGGUUUUCGACACACGCCCCUCUCGUGUAUACAGAACAAACCAAUUCCUUUGUUCGUCCUCACCGGAGUGAAUACGGGGGCAGUUAUUUUAUGCGACUGCCCGAAGAAAAACACAAAAAGACCUCACCGUAUGAGAUUUCUGAAGCUCGGAGGAACUCUUAAAUGGGAUUCAAAAACAAGAUGGGGCAUCUGAAACGAUUGCUCCAAGAUUGUUUUUGCUUUGUUCCUUUCAUAUUGUAAGGUUUGAUUUUUGUCCCCAUAAAUUUGGGUUCCUCUUAAACAGAUUGCUUGGUGGGAGAAAACAUAUUUCCUUGGGGUUGUGAUUUCAGCACUUUUUUGUAGUGUUUUUUUUUUUACAAUACUGUCGUAUGCUAUACACAACCAUAUUCAUUAUUCUGUUUUAAAAUAUAUAUAUAUUAUUGUGCACAAACAACAGGGUAAAUCUAGGUAAUGGGAGGUAAUAUCAAUGUCAAUAUUGGAAACACAGGCAACAGUGCUUAUGUUCUGUUCUGAUAGAGUAAGUUUUAGCAGUCUGUUUUAAUGGACCAAACUGAUGAAGCAUGGAUGAGACAACGCACAGAGAGGUUAAUGAAAUAAAAUUCUCCUGGUAGUGUAAGUAUUAUUAGGUGUGAUGUAUGCAGUCAGGAAAGGUGCAUAUAAGCAACAAGGAUGAAAACCCUUCUUGCCAAAUGACCUUAUGAAUAGCUUUCCAAAUUACAUAUUAUACAUAUACAUUAUAUAAUUGAAAAAGGUGCACAUAUGGAAAAACUAAAUUGAAUUCUUCAUGGGAUAUUUUUGUCUGUAGUAGUUCAGUUCUUUCAUUGCUGCGUGAAUAAAUAAAAGUGAUUAAUCAAUCCAAUGAUGAAUGAAAUACAGAUGUAAAUUAGGUUGCAUUGACACCACUGACCAAUAUUAAAUUCACAAUGAAUGGAUUCUCUUCUAAAGUGUCAAAGUGCUAGGUAGUUCAUUUUUUGAAAAUGUCUGUCACUCCUGUUUAAAAGAGAACACAAUGGCAUUUUCAAAUGGUAGAUUGCCUCAUAUUUAUUUGUAUCUGCUCAAUCUAGCCAGGUGAUUGCUUGGCUGAAUUUCCAGCAGAGAA